UCAUCACCCUAACCUAACCCUCUCAUAUUCGCAUCCGCACAUGCCUCGCGCCGACCGACGACUUAUAUGCGUCAAGUAACUAACAAAUAAGUUUUGGUUGCGUCUAAAUUUGUGUAUUUUUUGCCGGAAUUUUGUUUUACUUAUUUAAUGUUUUGCCCAAGAAUUGUUUACGGAGAGGAAACGAAAGUGUGAAUCAGGGGUGUCGUACCAUGAGUUUAUCGUCUCAUUGCAAGCCAUCAAGUUUCAAUUAUGUUCAUUUCAUAGUAUAAUUUUAUAUCAGUAUAGUUAUUACUGAUUGUACAACAAUGUUCAGCUUAAAAUUGAUAACAUCCAGAUGUGCCUUCCAGUGCCAAAAUGGAGUGUGUGUCACCAUCAGUCGGACUCAGAAAUCAGUUCCUAACAAGCUUAUCCUGAAGGACUUUAGAGAUCAUCCUAUAUCAGCGAUAAGUAAAAAACCACGGAAACCUCCUUUCCUCAAAAACGUGUUCCUGGGUAACUUUGAUGCAGAAUUCCUGUACUAUCCAGAAGUUGGUGAAACUGAGAGAUACCAGGCUCUUCAAGGGAUUCUUCCUUCUGUCGAGGGAUUUUUUUCGAAAGAAGUUGAUUCGAAUAAAAUAAACACAGAUGGAAGCAUACCUGAAGAUGUUAUAUCAAGUCUGAAAAAUUUUGGAUUAUUUGGAAGUAUCAUCCCCCUGAACUAUGGAGGCCUUGCCCACACAUGCACUGAGUAUGCUAGGAUUUGUGAGGAAGUAGCCACAAGUCCAUCUAUUUUUCUUACGCUGAUGGUUCAUCAGUCCUUAGGUGCCAAUGCAAUAUUUCGGCUCGGAACUGAGGACCAGAGAGUAAGGUACCUUCCGAAGUUGGCAUCUGGGGAAUGGAUAGCCUCCUUCUGCGCUGCGGAGCAUCAAGCUGGAAUGGACUACUCCACAAUGAAAUCUUUUGCUGAAUUAUCUGACGAUGGGAUGUACUGGACUCUAGAUGGGGUCAAAACAUGGGUUGUUAAUGCAACAAAAGCAGAUGUUUUCAUUGUUUGCAUGCCAACUGAGGGUUCACCGGAGUAUGCAAAACUUAAUAAUAAGCUAACAACUUUCAUCGUUGAAAAAAGCAGCCCAGGAAUUUCCAUUACCACUGAAAGUGUUGGUGCAGUUAAAGGCGUUACCUUUUGCGAUGUCAAGUUUGACAAAGUUAAAGUUCCCAGCAAAAAUGUUCUUGGGAGAGUCGGACAUGGUUUUAAUGUUUGUAACAGUAUCACUAAUACUGAUGCUUAUCUAUAUGGAAGCUUAACAGUAGGUUUCUUGCGGAAACUAUUAAAUGAGACAAUCCAGCAUGUAAUCAGUUCCCAUCAAUAUCACCAGGACCUAUCCAGCCUCAAUUCGGUGAAAAAAAUUGUAGCAACAAUAGCGCGAAAAAUUUAUGCUGUUGAAAGUAUGACAUACCUAACAACUUCAAUUUUAGACAAGUACGAAGACCCAGAUGUUGAUCUAGAAUCAGUUGCGACAAAAGUCUAUGCAAUAAAGGUUAUGAAAGAGGGUGUGCAAGAAUGUUUAGAUUUACUGGGCUCCAAAGGACUUUUAGAAAGUUUUCCUUUUGAACAAAUGUUGCGAGACUCCCGAGUACAGCCGCUUUUCAAUUUGUCACUUGACUUUUCAGAUGUCUAUAUUGCUGCUGUUGGAUUACAACAUGCUGGCGAACCUUUUCAAGAGUUAGUGACGAAACUAAGAAAUCCCCUUAGUUACCCUUUCGCUGCCUUCAAACUCUUCCAGGAAACACAACGAAGUUUGAGACGGGAUCCAAAACUGACGUUAAAACUGCAUCAAUACGUGCAUCCAUCACUUAAAGAUGCAAGUACCCAGCUAGAAAGAACAGUUCUACGUUUUAAGUUAUGUGUUUUGGUGGCGUUGACAAAAGACGGGAUGAACAUCAUGGAUAAUCAUUUAAAUCUCAAACGACUCUCUGAAUUGGCAGUUCUCUCUUAUGCCAUGACUGCAGUUAUUUCACGGGCAUCUAGAUCGUACUGUUGUGGCACUCAGAAUCAUGAUCAUGAAAUGCUGUUAGCUGAGAGUUUCGUGAAGGAUAUGUGUGAAGCUAUUGACUACGUAAUAGGUGAAAUACUUGAGAGUCCCACCCAAAAUACUGAUGAAACAUCAGUAAAAAUAGCAGAUAAUAUUUUUAAGUUCAAAGGUUAUGCAGCAGAACAUCCUGUUCAAAGAAACAUUACUUAAAUAUUUGUUAAUGCAUUUCUUGUCUUAUGAUAUUUUUUUGUUAUUUCUUCCUUCAUGCAAGCUGUUUCUGGCUGGAAGUGGUAUUACUAAGUCAUCAAUCGUAAACUAUUCCAAAGUUGCAUUAAAGUCUUUUGCAUAAAAAGUGAAA